ACGGCCUCAUUCAGCGCUCAGCAGGUGACCAGGACGCAUGCAGUUUGGCAGUGGCUGAUGAUAGCUUCCGCAUGAGUGUUUUUGUUGCUUGACUUGGCUAACGCUAACAACCUGCAUACAGUUAGUGACGAAACAUAGAUAAUCAAGUGAUUUUUUUACAAAGAAAUAUUUUGUUUUCAUCCCAGAAUUAAAAAUUAGAAACUAAUCAAAAAUGAAAUUAUCAGCGUUGGUGUUGUUGUCAAUCGUUCUGGGAGCGAUAGCUCAAAUUCCCCCAGAAUCAGCAGAAAACUUCGCUCAACUCGCCCUCCCGAAGCGAGAACGACCUGCUGCAGUAAAACUACAACCGGGAACUGGAAUACCCACAGAGAAACCUGCUGCAGGUCCUGUUUAUGUCCCACCGCAGCAAAGAGAAGAAAUUACUACUACAACAACUCCAGCAACUAGUACUCCUCCGGAAACUACUACUACAACCCCUAAAACUACUACUACCCCUAUGACUACAACAACUACCACCGCAACAACUUCUACUACAACUACCGUUAGAGCAUCCAAACCAAUUUCAUCAAAUUCUGUCAAGAAAGCAACUGAGGAAGAGUCUCUAAAAAAAUCCCCUCAAAGGCACAGUGAUACAACCGAUAUUGAAAAACGUCACGAUGAAGUAGCUGAAAGCAAGCAAGGGAUAUUUUCUUCAUUCAGUUUUCCUAUGAUUGCGUCUAUUGGGGCGGCCAUCUUUAUGGGAGGACUCGCCUACUACAUGCAACCUUCUCUGGCACCCGAACCCAUUUCAAGAAAAGGAAUCUCAUCCCAUCUCAGUGGCUAUGACCACGGUGUAAGGAUAGUUCACCCUUCGGAACUAACACCCGAAGAACUGGAGAGGCUGAUGAACGCGGGCGCUUAUCGUGUUUCCGGUCGCAGCAUCGCUCACUCCUCUCAUCCAUACUUCGACUAUGCCAGAAGAAUUUACCAAUACGUUAUGCCUGAGCUACUCGGAGGUUCAGCAGCGGAUGCAGAUGGAACCAAAGAAAAAGUGUACGUCAUCAGACACCAUGAACAUCACGACAGUGAACUUAAGAAUGCCCCAUAUAUUAAUGAUCCCGAAAAUGAUGAUGAUUUGCAAAAAGAAGCGGCAUUGAAGACGACCGUAAAACCGAGCGAUCAUCCCUACCACAAGUUAUUGAAAGGAGAUUUACAAAAAAUUUAAAGAUUCAGAUCGCUUGACUGUGUAUCCUCCACUUCGCACGUAGCGGCUUCUCGGAGCAGCUACACGAUGCUCCACGACAGCCUGGAUACUGUGUCGUCAUACUCGUUCAUUUAUGUAUUAUUAUUUAUAUCGUAUGACGUCUUCAUGUAGUUUGUUUUGCUGAAGUUUUCUAUGUAACAAUUUAAACCAUGGCUAAUGCUGAAUUUUCGUUCGGAUUUUUUUUUUUCGAAUGCACCAUGCACAUAGCAUUGUUGAUUGGGAGAAUAAAAAUACUCGAUGGUAUAAGAAAACUUCACUGAAAAAGAUGUGAGGGUUGUUAAUGGUUUCGUUUUAACUGCAGUGAUAUAAAAUUAUAAGAAAUUUUCCGAAAAGUACAAAUUACGAUUCAUUUAAACAUUGCCCCAUAAAAGGUUGUUAAAUCGUAUAUUAAUAGUGAUUUUUUCUUUGAUAGGGAAAAAGCCAAACUCUCAGGUAGUAGCUCACGAACUUUUUCACUCCUACACUUUUUUAGUAGCUCACGAACUUUUCACGGCAACUGGCCAUGGGCCUAUUUCUUCAAUGCCGACACUUCUAUUCUAUUCAAUAAAACGUGCCCAUUUUUAAACACGUAAAACUCUCAUAAAUGUUGCAAAUAUCGGUAUAUGGGAUUAUGAUAGAGUUCAGUUUUAAUAUUGCCAUCCAUUACUUCCUAAACAUUAAUGCAUUAAGCCCAGGAAAAAAUCCAUCCCAGUUUGGAGCCGUUUUUGGAAGGCGAUAACCAGGUGCGUCAAAAUGCGGUUGAUGGCCUGUGUAAUGUAAAAAAAUUCGAUCAACAUAAAGUAGCAAUAAUUAUACUGACCUAAAAACUUGGUGACCUAUAAACAACUAGUAUAAGCCAGAUGCAGAACUGUCUGCUCUAGGGCGAAUAUGUUUAAGAACUGGCUGAAGACUUACGACGCUAUCAUAUCGUUUAACAGUACGGAACUGGUCUAGCUUACGGUGUUCCGGCGCGGUCUGCAGCAUUUAUGUAUAUCUUUGCGGCUGAGUGUAGAUAUAUUUGCACCGCGAUUCUUUUAUCGUUAACUUAUAUAGAGUGAAGAAUAUAUAUUAUUUUCAUUAUAUUCAUUCCGCGGUGUGAAAUAUUACACGUACCGCGUUUCUGUUUUUUUACAUUAUAUAUAGUAAACAAUAAAUAUUAUUUUCACUAAAUUCAUUCUGGGGUGUAAAAUAUUACAUGUGCAGCAUUUCCGGUGUUGUUAACUGAAAGAGUGAAGAAUAGAUAUAAUUUCAAACUAUAUUCAUUCUUGGGUAUAGAAAUAUUCAAAUUUAUUUUAAUGUUCAAUACGAAUAUGAAGGAUCAUGCAUUAUCGAGUAAAUAAGAAAUUCCCAGCAGCCCAUUGAUUAUUUCUUGCGAAAUCAAUUCUAUCGGUCCGUACUAGUUUAUACAUAGGUACUAUGAUUUCUAAUGAUACGAUUAUCAGAAUUCAGUGAUUUUGGUAUUUUAAUCUUUUUCAAAACUAGAUUCAAAUUCACUACUAAUCGGUAAAAUCUUUUAUUUGCAUUUGUGAGUUUCAGACGUAAAUUUUUACAGAUGUUGGACUUUGUAACCAACAGUUACACAUUAGCGCGACCGGAUCAAAGCAACACCCCAUAUUUUUAUUAUAUAUAAUAUAUAUUUUUUAUUUCA